CAAAGGUUAAUCAGGAUAGAGCUCGAAAUGUCAUCGAUCUGGUGGAUCGCAGUCUGUCUCUUUGCGAUCUACAAAGCCCUCUUCUUUGUGCGCUUGUAUAUCCAGGCCCGUCGCACUAAGUUUCCCAUCGUCUUCGCCCCCGCACCGACCUCAAGUGCUCCCUGGUUGAUUCUCGCUCCAAUCCUGCGCCCAUAUCUGCAACCAGUUCUGCCAGGAUGGCUUUACGAUCGUUGGGACAUUGUGACACAUGGCUGGGAGUUCCGCAUGAAACGCGGCCCCUUUGACCGCUGGGGGAAUACCUUUGUCUUGCUCACCCUCGAUGAAUGCAUGGUCUGGACCGCAGAUGUCAGUCUCGGAAAUGUGAUCUUGCAACGCAGGAAUGACUUUGAACAAGCCCCUAUUGUCGGAAAAAUUCUGGGUUUCUUGGGGCCUAAUGUGUUUGCGACCAAUGGCGACGAAUGGAAACGUCACCGUCGCAUGUUUGCUGCCAGUCUAGACGAGCGCAUCAGUCAAAUCGCCUGGUCGGAAAGUUGUGAACAAGCCCAAUCGAUGUUGAAUUAUCUCUCUAACCACCCGGGAGGGGAUACACUUACCGGAUUGCGGAACCUGGCGAUCAAUGUCAUCGGCCAGGCAGGGUACACGAAAACCACCCCUUGGUCACCGGCACCACUUCGAGACAGCGCCGACAAGGAAGAGCACGCUCGUACGGCCUAUUUCAAAGCCCUCGCGCUGGCAACCGAUAUGUUCCUCGUGGCCGCCUUCAUCCCUCCCAAGCUCCUCAAACUAUCCUUCAUGCCGGCCCAACUGCGCCUUCUGGGCCAACGUCUCGAGAAAGUCCCGCGGUACAUCGCUGAAAUCUCUGAAGAGGAGCGCCAGACGGCGAGGGAUGAUUCUCCGGGGCGCAGCAAUUUUCUCCGCUUCUUCCUGCAGAACUCGGACACAGACGCGACCGCCGGGUUUGCCUUCACGCCAGAGGAGCUCAGUGGCAACCUCUAUGUCUUCACCGUGGCGGGAUACGAGACGUCUGCCAACACCAUGGGGUUCGCAGUGACGCUGCUGGCCGCGUAUCCCGAAUGGCAGGAGUGGAUCCGCGACGAACUGCGUGACCUUCCUGUAGACUCGUCAGCCUGGUCCUACGACGAAGUGUUCCCCAAGUGCCAACGGACAUUGGCGCUCAUGUUCGAAAUCCUCCGCCUUUUUACCCCCGUCCUGCAUUCGACCCGCGCCGUGUCCGAACCUCAACAGCUCGUCAGCGAAAGAGGCACGCAUUUCCUCGCGCCCCCGAUGAACGUCAUGGUUUCUGCGGCGGCCAUUCAUCUUGACACAACAAUUUGGGGAGAGGAUGCCAGAGAUUUCAGACCCUCGCGCUGGAUCGAUGACACCGGCAAAGUGAGGUCCCCACCGAAGGGGACGUUUCUUCCGUGGUCUGGCGGCCCCCGCGUCUGUCCGGGGAUGAAGAUGUCCCAGGUGGAGUUUGUCUCCACCAUGGCCACGCUGUUUCGGUCUGCGUGGUGCGAGCCGAUCCCCGUCGAUGGGAUCACGCAGCCGGAAGAGCUGCGGCGGAGGUUGGUGUGGUUGACGGAUAACGCGAUUACAAAGUCCACGAUGCAGGUGAAGGAUCACAAGGAUGUGCAGUUGCGGUGGGUGCGGGAUGUAUAAUAGCUUAAACUCUUUGUUUAUGGGAGCUUGUUUCUAUACUCACAGGAUAUUAG